CUACGACCCUUCUUCAACCAAAAGGAUGGCCCAAGAGAUGUCUGCUGAGGAACCUUGUAACCGUCCUGGAAUUCGGGACGCGGUUCUUCCAAUUUUCAACCCCGAAGCUGCAGUAUACGAUCCCCCACCGCCAUACCCAUCCCAAGGACGGCGCCCACGCGCGACUCGACAUAGUCGGAGACAUCACUUACCAGCGCCAUUAUCGCCGCAGCCUCUAGAUUCAGAUCGUGCUUCAGGACAUAUUUCCCCUCAAUUAUCGGUCUCAAAUCAUUCAUUCCCUCGCACUGAAGAUGCCACAGAGCAAACACCGCUACUAAGUGAUUUUCUGCCAGGCUUUGCCCAACGUUCGCCGGGACGCCAGAGAACAUAUUCGCAGUCGAGCACAAUUGUUUCGUCCAAUUCAUUUGUGCCCUCUUUAGCGCAAACAGUGCUAUCACUACUCCAUUCUGAUCCAGAUAUAGAAUCGGACGUUGACAUAUAUGAGGCAAUCGGGGACGACCGUGACUAUCCGUAUGCACACGAUGGUCAUCAGAGGCGUCAGCAACGUCCCGGUGCAACAAUAGAAUCACAAUCUGGAAGCUCGCACCGGUUGUCACUGUUUUCGCGGCGUUUCUGGUCUCGUUACUUCAGACCCAUGACUCGCAGAGCAUACCAUGCUGCUGUAUUCCAUCUUCUAGUGAUCAAUUUUCCCUAUGCCCUUCUUGCAUGGGUUUACCUUUUUGUGUUUACUUUGGUUGGUACAACGUUAUUAAUUGCCUUGCCUUUGGGUGCUCUCCUAUGUUUCCUUAAUUUGCUCGGUGCCAGGGCGUUUGCGAGGGGAGAACUUGGUCUCCAAACAACAUUCCAUGGCCCUCUUGCUUACCCAACUCCUUAUCCGCCCCUACCUAUCUUUCAGCGUGUGCGAUCAUCUGGCGUAGAAUCAGGGUCACCAUAUCACGAAUCUUCAUUCUACAAAAACACGAUAGCCAUGUUCACGGACUGGACAUCCUAUCAGGCGUUAUUCUAUUUCUUGGUUAUCAAACCGAGUAUCACUUUGUUGCUAACCAUCCCCCUGGUGGUAGUGGUCCCUGUGUCUUAUGUGCUGGUGUUUCCUGCCCCAAUGGUCCUCAGAAUUGUUCGAAAGCUGGGAAUAUGGCAGGCCAAUGUUGCUGUAGAAGGUUUAUACUUGGCGGUGUCGUGAUCUUCGAUUCAUCUGCUUAGAGUACACAUGUAUCUAUAGUACGUAGAUAUUCACUUUUAUCAACAUGCUGUGAAACAUGCUGUGAAGGUGG